CUGUCGAAUUAACAAUUGGAUGCAAUUGGACAUGGCGAACUGUUGAUGCUGUUGAUCUCGAACUUUAAUACCCAUUUAAACGGUUAUCAAAUAAAGAAAAGAGAGCCGGGUGGGAGAUUAAUUGUCUAAAUGCGGAGGACUUCGUUGUGUGACGUUUUAAUAAAGAAACCUGGCCGUAUCCGUAAAAAAGAUUAGCAUAUAAUGGCCUCGGCCACUACAUCGCCGACCGAGGACGACGAAUUGACCCUGCCCCGCGCGUCUAUCAACAAAAUGAUCAAGGAAAUAUUGCCGCAUGUUCGCGUGGCCAACGACUCCCGCGAACUCAUAUUGAACUGUUGCACGGAGUUCAUUCAUUUGAUCUCCUCGGAAGCGAACGACAUUUGUAAUCAGCAACAGAAGAAGACUAUAAACGCCGAGCACGUUCUCCAAGCUCUAGAGAAACUCGGAUUCGGGGAUUACAGCGCGGAAGCGGAGGCGGUUCUGCGGGAUUGUAAAGCCGUAGCGGCUAAACGGAGACGUCAGAGCACCAGAUUAGAGAACCUGGGGAUCCCGGAGGAGGAACUUCUCAGGCAACAACAAGAACUGUUCGCCAAGGCGCGAGAGGAACAGGCGAUAGCCGAACAACAGCAAUGGCAACAGCUGCAAGCGGCGGUGCAAAUGGCUUCGAUGCAACAGGCCGAUAACAAGGAAGAGCAAGAAGAUUAUUCCUAAGAAUUAUGUUCGUCCCGUUUGACUGCUGCGCCGGUGAUCAUUUUUUUCUCAUCUCAUUUUAUUCAAUUCCGUACACAUUAAGAUUAUAUACAUUUCUCAGUUGUUUAAGGAGUCUAUGAUUUUUCUUCAAAUAAAAAAAUUGAAAACUA